CUCACUGAGUUUGAGCUUCAUCAACUCUGGGCGAAAAAUAGCAUCGUUAAAUGUUGGUUGUCACGGCAACGUUGUGUGUGUGUGUGGAGCGCAUGUCAAACGAGUGCUAAGGUUAUAUAGUACUUGAGCUGUUUACAAGCCCCGGGCCGGACUAGCAAACUAGUCAGUCGGCUUAUGUAGGAUAACAAUGUGAUGUUAGGUUGACCUGUCUUUACUGGAAUACAACGGUAAGAUAAAAAAAACAGUUAGCUAAUGGUGCUAGUUUGUUAGCUAGCUAGUAAACAGUGAGUUUGUGCGGAAACAAUUCGUCGCCUGCUUGCUAGCAGAUGAGGCUAGAAUGGUUCGUUAGCUAGCUGAACGAACCAAAGCAAUGUCAAGUCAUAACCUUCCACCGGUGCGGCAUUUGCCACAAUGGACACGGGUUGGGCGCCUCGGGAAGCCCUGCUCCCCUCGGCGUUUACCGGCGGCAAACCAUCUGCAGCCGCUGUCCGUCGCCCCGCCAGCAGACACAGGAGUGUGGAGAGCAGCAGAGGUGUCCUUUCUCAGCGACAUGGACCCCCGCGUCGCAUCACUGCAGAGGAAUAUCCAGUUCCUUCAGCAACAACACAAGGAAACUCUUGAGAAACUCCAUGCAGAGAUAGAGUAUCUCAGGCGGGAUAAUAAAGAGUUGCAGUAUAAGCUGAUAAUGGAGCCUCCCAAGUCAAAUAGGAAAGGAAUGACACACAGUCGACGAGGCAUCAGACCACCUACUCAGGGAAGUGAAGCCCGUACAGGGCUCUACCUGGAGGAGCCACUACAGGACACGCGGCCCGCACAGGACCAAGCAAAAAGUGAAGAGGACAACAACAUUCUGGGAUCUGCCAGACAGGACCAUGGCCCAGAGGGGAAGGGGGGCCUGAUCACCUCGUUGCAGCCUCUACGAAUUCACAGCAAUCCCUCCCACCCACCGCGUGCCCCCACACUACAGGAGUGUGAGGUCAUCAUCCGGCAGCUCUACAAUGCUAACAGUUUACAGUCUCGAGAAAUUAUACGUGUUAAGGCAUUGCUGAGAGAUAUUGUUUUGAGCAAGAAAAUCACCCCAGAAAACUACAUUCUGACCAAGGCUUAUCUUGUUGAUGGCACCCGCAAAUCUUCAGAAGAAAACAAAUUUCCAAAACUUGGUCUUCAAACAUUUCCAGAAAGAAUGUCUGGACCCUCUCAGUCUGGGGUGGUCCUCCCAGCCCUCAAACAGAGCCUCAGCUCCACCAUUGCGGAGAGACAGAGGAGGACCCGUGCUGUGCAGAGAGACCGUUUUAAAAGGACGGUGCAUUGACAGAAUCAAAACUACCACACAGCUUUUCACAAUUGUUCUGAAAAACCUUAGUCACAAAAACUGGGUGUGCAGGUAUGGAUAUCCAUAUAAAAUAUUUAUAUCCUAUGACUUGAUUUUUGUUCUUCUUUUAUGAAAAAGAUCUAUAGACAUCUCAAAUCUAGCUUCGUACUGUGAAUGGUAAGUGUAUUUAUUUAUUUUUUACCAAACAAUGCAUUUUAGGACAGUUAAAGUUCAACAUCUCUAACUUAACACUGGCUGCUUAUUUCCACCAAACUGAGUCAGAUUUGAGUGAGUUUUAGUUUAGUUUUCACUGCACAUUUGUCAUUGUCAUUCUGCCAAAAUGAUGGUGGAAUUGUUGUAUUUCAUAUAACUGUAAAGAACUAGACACCUGUUACUUUUAAAACAGCUCGGUAUUCAACACUUUUGUCAGUGCAAAUAACAAAAGGUAAUCCCUUUUUAAAAGCACAUGCAAUCAAUGAGACAGAAGAAACUACCUGGCUAAUGUCUCAGGCACUUUUUUGUAUUGGUUUGUAUUUACAUUGUAUGGAACAGUGUCAUGUUAACUGGCCAGUGAACCUACAGGUAAACUAAGUGCAACAAUACAAAACUUGAUUAAAUUGUCUUGACACAAAAU